AUGAAGCGACUUCCCGUUACCGUCCUCUCAGGCUUCCUUGGGGCAGGUAAGACAACCGUCUUAAAUCACAUUCUCGCCAACAGGCAAAACCUUCGCGUUGCCGUCAUCGUUAACGAUAUGAGUGAGGUAAACAUCGAUGCCACGCUGGUCCGCGGAGGUGAAGCCGCACUCAGUCGCACUGAGGAAAAACUGGUCGAAAUGACGAAUGGAUGCAUCUGCUGCACACUCAGAGAGGACCUGCUUCAAGAAGUGGCAGAAUUGGCCAAGAACGACAAAUUUGACUACCUGCUGGUCGAGUCCACCGGAAUUAGUGAGCCCAUGCCGGUGGCGGAAACCUUCACCUUCGCCGAUGAGGAAGGCCAGAGCCUCUCUGACGUGGCUCGAUUAGACACGACAGUUACAGUCGUCGACGCCCGUAACUUUCUACAAGACUUUGGCUCGCAGGACGAUCUGACGGAUCGUGAAAUCGGCCUCAGUGAGGAAGACCAGCGAAACGUCGUCGAUCUACUGACCGACCAAGUUGAAUUUGCGAACGUCAUCUUACUGAACAAGUGCGAUCUGAUCGACGAGGAUGAGAAGGUCACGCUCUUGGGUAUCCUUCGCAAUUUAAACCCGAAGGCCAGAAUCGUCGAGACAGUGAGGGGCCAAGUUGACCCGAUGGCGAUCAUUGGGACAAACCUGUUCUCGAUGGAAGACGCCAGCGCCCAGCCGGGGUGGCUUGAAGUUCCACGAGGUCAAGAGCAACCAGAAACCGACGAAUAUGGCAUCACCAGCUUUGUCUAUCGUGCUCGCAAGCCAUUUCAUGCCGCUCGCCUGUGGGAUCAACUCGACAUGCAAGAUGGCAUCCUGGCGGACGUGAUCCGCUCGAAAGGCUUUUUGUGGAUAGCCUCUCGUCAUAACCAUGUCUAUUCGUGGUCGCAGGCAGGCGUUUCGUUUCAGCUUGGCGUGGCAGGACUGUGGUGGGCGGCAGUGCCACGAGAAGAGUGGGCCCAACACUUCGAAGAAGAUGAGGAAGUGCUGGCAAGUAUUCAGGAUGAGUUUGAGGGCACCUACGGGGAUCGCCGCCAAGAAAUCGUCUUCAUCGGCAUGGAUCUUGAUCGACCAGUGAUUGAAUCGCUGCUGGAGGAGUGCCUGCUCACAGAUGAUGAAAUGGCGGAAGGCCCCGAUGCUUGGUUGCAGUAUUCCGACCCUCUGCCUAGCUUCAUCUUGGCGGAGGGCAAGUACCCCUCAAUUCAUCGAGGGGAUGACCGGCGUAAGAUGAAGUCUACAUUUCCAAUCGCCUUAGUUCUCGCGAUGCUCAGCGGUGCCGCAGCGCUCUCGCACGAACUUUUGUGGACACGUCGGCUAGUCGACCUCUUAGGUGCCACAGGCGAAGCGACCUCGCGAGUGUUCGGUUGUUUCUUUCUGGGACUCUCCCUAGGUGGACUGCUCGCUGCCCUCAUGCUCCGCCGAAUCGAGAGACCAUGGCGCGCGGUGCUGUUUAGUGAACUGGCAAUCGCGCUGCUGGCUGUACCGGCACUUUGCCUGCCUUGGUGGAGCGAUUGGAUCUGGCCGUUGAUUGGCCCAGAGCGACUCGUGAGUUGGCAGGGGGCGUUGAUCAAGACGGUUCUUAGUGGCGUCGUCGUCCUUCCCCCGGCAAUGUUUAUGGGAAUGACACUCCCUUUCUUUGCAGCAGCAGUAUUGCGUCGCAAGGGUACAUUACGUCGUGAGGGUGUCUGGCUCUACGGUGGCAAUACCUUCGGCGGAAUGUUCGGCUUGCUCAUCAGCAGUGGCAUUCUGCUUGAAUCGCUAGGAGUCUUCGGGUGUAUGGCUGUCGCGAUCGCCACGAAUCUAGUUGUGGCACUCGCUGCCUGGCGAUUGAGUCGCAAAGAGAUCGUGCCCCAUCUGCAGCCCGAUUCGCGGCAGAUGCGCAAGCCUGCCAGAACACGACACCUAGCCGCAGACGAAUCGACCGUCCUUGACAUGCCCAAGUCGAUCACAUUCGCCUUUAUCUCUGGAAUGGCGAUGCUCGCCUUAGAGGUGUUAGCGAUUCGCAUCGUUAGCUUGGUGGUCCCCUCUUCAUUCCAGGCAACUGCCAGUGUAUUAGCAGCUGUCAUCCUACUUUUGGCAGUCGCAGCCAUGGCUACGCCCUUCUUUUUGCAAGCGGCACUUUCGCCGCGAAAAUGGCUGCUUGGUGUACUGGUUGCCUCGUCGCUGUUCACAGCGUUGGCGCCUCUUCUCUUGUAUCGGCAAACAGAACAGUUGAUUGACGUAGCCCAUUUGACAGCUAUGUCAGGAGGCCGCCUCGCUACGACGACCGAGUUCCUAUUUUCGGUUUGGGCGAUUGCGAUCGUCACAGUUGGCCCGGCAUUAUUUUUCGGAGGUAUGGUCUUGCCCAUCGUCUUUGCUUGGACGGGCAGUCAAGAGGGUGAUGCACAAGGAAGGCAGUUCGGAUUUCUGCUUGCUGCGAAUGGGGUAGGAGGGCUCAUCGGUGCUGAAGUUGCAAGUCUGGUCGUGCUUCCCACUUUGGGAAUUUACCUGGGCUUCACGGCUGUAGGUUUGCUCUAUUCCCUGGCAUUCGUUUUGCUUCUGGAGCCAUGGAAAAGCACAACAGUGUUGAAAGUUCUGGUGGCGUGCUCGGUCGUUGUCGCUCCAGUUCUGUUCGCCCAGGCUGAAUUGAUUCACAUACCUUAUCUCUCUCCUCGAACGACGGUUCAGUACAAGACGCUUGCCACUGAGUUCGGCCGAGAGGGAGUUCUGCUGGUAGUUGAGAGUCCCUCAAAAGGCAUGGGUAUUCUUGUCAAUAACCAAUACCUACUAGGCAGCAGCGGAAGCGUCCGCGACGAACGGCGUGAAGUGUUUCUUCCAAUGCUGCUGCAUCCCGCACCCGAGCGAGUAUGUUGCGUCGGUCUGGCAACCGGGAUAUCGGCCGGUGCUGCACUCGACUAUUCCGCGAACAGUCAGCUGACUGCGGUUGAGAUUUCUUCACUGGUGGCUGAUGCUGCUGAGAGGCACUUCGGUGAGUUCAAUAACCACCUCUCCGAAAACCCACGAUCCAGUGUCGUAAUCGAAGAUGGGCGUACCUACAUCGCGGCCACGAAGGAUCACUUUGAUGUAAUCAUUGGUGAUUUGUAUCGCCCUUACGGCGCCGGCGAGGGUCGGCUAUUCAGCGUCGAACACUUUCAGGCAGCACGCGAGGCACUGCGAAACGGGGGACUGUUCUGCCAGUGGCUGCCCAUGUACCAGCUCACCGAGUCGCAGUUUCACAUCAUUGUGGCUAGCUUUCUUCAGUCUUUCCCAGACGCCGCUAUACUUCGCGGCAACGAUAAAUCAGACUACCCCAUGCUUGGCCUUGUGGGCUGGAAAAACAGUCAGUUCAAUCCUUGGGCCCUGGCUGAGAAUUGUUCCGCACUCAAGCAGCUUCGCUCAUUCAGCGAUACAGAACUAACAGAACCGAACGCCGUUGGUCGCCUGUACCUCGGCCCCAUCAGUUCCUCUAAAUUCACAGAAGAUCCUCUCAACACGCUCGACAAUGCGCGGAUCGAGAUCCUAGCCGGACGACGAAAGAUCACUCGGGAUCCUCGUCAAGGCGAUGCAGCCAGUUCUGAUCAGGAGCCUUAUCUCGUAGGCCCUGCCUGGAAAGAUUUCGAAAGGCGACUGCCGGAGUUGCUCGAAUAG